AUGGACUUAUCUGGUGACCUCUUCCCAGCAACAGCCAUCAUAAUUGCUUCUUAUGCGCUCGGUUACAAGAGGUUAGCCGACCGUCACUCACGUCUCCCUCCUAAAAUCAAGUGCUUUCCUGGAGCAGUAGCUAACGGACUGGCAAUAUUGAGCGAAAAGCCAAUGGAGGGCGACUACGAUCGCUAUGAAUUGGUAGGAAUUGUAGCAGCUAUUGGUGAUGGUAAUGGACAAUGGACUCAUUCUUUAAUACUUAUCAAGGACGAUGCAGACUCAAAAAGCCCUUGGUGUCUUUUUGAUGAUGUGCUGGUCACUCGUGUUCAUGAGGAUGAAGCGCUCCAUAUGGAUUCUCGAUGGAAGUUACCGUUGAUUCUUUGCUAUGCGAAAGAGAAGUCCGAUUUGAUAAAAGCUGUGGAGCGUGAAGUUGGCCCUUUUUCUACAGGAACAUGGACGGAAGUCAGUAGGAAGAGUUAG